AUGAUUCAAUUUUAAUCUUCUAAAAAAUCAAGGGAUCCUUAAUCUAAUGCUCUAUCAUAAUCGAAUUAAUGUUGCUACGUAUGUGACUUGAAGUUCUUCGACCUUGAGGUUUAAGAGCCACUCUGUCUCUCCCUCUCGCCGCUCCGCUGCAAACUACAACACUAACAGAAUGAAUCGCCGCGAAAAGCUUUCCCUCUUGAACGCGUUCUUCAGAACCCGACGCCCUUUUCACCAAUCCCCAAUUGUUGCUCCCUUCACUCCACCGACCCACGUCGCGUCCACCUCAAAGUUCCACUCUUUUUCCACAAUCCCUCACACCCACUUCGCGAUUCGGCAAUAUCCGAGAAGUUUCGCUGGUGGGUCUGGCGCGUUGGACCACACCAAGGAGGUGGACACCAUCAACCUCAAGUUUGCAGAGGCGAGGGAAGAGAUAGAGAUGGCGUUGGAGUCCAAAGAUACCGUUUAUUUCGACGAGGAAGCCGAGUGUGCACGCGCCGCCGUCAACGAGGUUUUGGGCAUGUUCGAGGGAUUGCUGGCUAAGUUGCCAGAGAGGGAAAGAGGGGCUCUGCAGAGGUCUAUGGGUCUCAAGAUUGAACAAUUGAAAGCUGAACUUGCACAAUUGAAUGAGUAAGAGCUUGAUUGUGCGGCUGAUAGAAUUGCUUUAGGGUGUUUUAUUGGCUGUAGUUUUGAAUAAAUGCAUUGAAAGCCAAGCCAACUCUAAGUCACUUAUAUGUGAGCUCUGACUAGUGACUACUACUAUGGUUCUUUUCAUUUAAAGGGAUGUUGAUGCUGUUAUUCUUUUGGUAUUCUCGUUACAGGGUUUGCAUUUGUUGUAUUGGUUUUCAAUUAAAGGGAUGUUGUUAUACCAAUUCUUAGAUUUGCUGAUAGUGUGACGAGGACAGGGGAAACUAGUUAUUGAGGUGCUUAUUAGGAAACUGAAAGUAACAAAUUGACAAUCAAUAAACUUAUUUUAAUAAUUACAACUCUAAUUGUUGUUUACA